AUGACAAAAUCUGUCAAGGAGAGAAAGGAUGAGCAAGCAGAGGAGCCGGAAGGUAGGGCACAGGGUGCGGGAGCGCGGGUCCCAGACGUCCCCCCAGCGCCUGCACCCACCUCCGAGGACAGUACCCAGGAAAAGGCAUUUCUUCUUGUGACGUUUCAGAAAAUUCCACACAGACUUCAGCAUCUUCCGGUCCCGGAGGCGGGAGAUAGGGGGUGUAGGGGGUUGCAGACCGCGAGCCCCGGGAGUGGCGGGGACCUGGAAGGAGUGGGGAGAAAGGGGAACGGUUUCUCGGGUGAACGUGGCUGGUCGGUCUGGUCCUGGGGACAAGGUACCCAGUCACCCUUGCCCCUUCCCCGGGUCCUCCCGGGGAAAUCACAGCCGCCAGUCUCCAGCUCGACUGUCACUGGAGAGGGAAGGGGGCGUGGAGACCCGACUGAGCCGUCCUGGCCGCCGUCCCCACCGCCGCCGCCGCUAAUGCGGCUGCCUCGGGCCGGAAAGCCGUGUCCGUCGCGAAUUCGGUCCCCAGUGUGCCCACUAUCCGGCGGUUCCCCGGAAACAGUAGCCGCGGCCUCCAACGUUCCGUCGGCCGCUCUCUUCUGCCUAGCUGCCUGUUUUCGCUCUCUCUACCCCGUAGAUUCGUCGGGUUGCCUAAGUGAGAUGGAGGAGCCUACUAAGGCAGCGCUUACAUCGCAGGGAGUGAUCGUGUCAGCAGAGGAGAGAGAGGCGUGGAUGGAGAGGGCUAUGCUCAUGGCUAAAGAAGCCUUAGAAAAUGGAGAAGUUCCUGUUGGGUGCCUCAUGGUCUAUAACAAUGAAGUUCUGGCAAAAGGAAGGAAUGAAGUUAAUCAAACUAAAAAUGCUACACGACAUGCAGAGAUGGUUGCAAUUGACCAGGUCUUAGAGUGGUGUCAUCAUUAUGGUAAAAGUCCUACAGAAGUAUUUGAACACACUGUAUUAUAUGUCACCGUGGAGCCAUGUAUAAUGUGUGCAGCUGCCCUUCGCCUGAUGAAAAUCCCUCUUGUUGUGUAUGGCUGCCAGAAUGAACGAUUUGGAGGUUGCGGCUCUGUUCUUGAUAUUGCCUCUGCAGACUUACCAAAUACAGGGAUACCCUUCAAGUGCAUUCCUGGCUAUCAAGCUGAGGAAGCAGUGGAAAUGCUAAAGACCUUUUAUAAACAAGAAAAUCCAAACGCACCAAAAUCAAAAGUCCGGAAAAAGGAAGGACACAAAUGUUGAACUUCAUCUGAUAGAAGACCAAUAGAAGACCAAUCCUUAAUAAUUACUUCAACACAGUUCUUGGAAUGGAAGCAUUUAACAUGAUUGAAUCACAUAACAAUGGUUCAUCCAUAUAAGCCAAUCUAAUGUUUCACAAAUUCAAUUCCUUGUCAAUUUAUUGUCUUUCAUUUUUGGAAUGAUCUUCCUUCUUAGCUCUACCUCUCAAAAUACUUAGUUUUUUUCAAAAUUCAUUUCAAGUCCCAUCCUCUGCAGGAAGUCUUUCUUGGUUCUCCCAGCUAGAAAUGUCUUACUAUCUUAACAAAGAAUACCUUAUAUUUACCUUG